AUGCCUAUUUUGUUUAGUGUUAUUGCUCGUGGUACCGUAGUUUUGGCUAAAUAUGCCACAUGCGCUGGUAAUUUCACUGAAGUAACAGAACAAAUACUAUCUAAAAUUCCACCCCAUGAUGACAAACUUACCUACUCUCAUGGAAAUUACUUGUUUCAUUAUAUUGCGGAACAAAAAUUAGUUUAUUUUUGUAUUACUGACGAUAAAUUUCAACGUUCGAGAGCAUUCCUAUUUUUAAAUGAAAUUAAAAGAAGAUUCAUUUCAGCAUUUGGGGAUACUGCCCAAACUGCUAUUCCAUAUGCCAUGAAUAGUGAAUUUGCUAGAGUUCUGGCUACUGAAAUGAAACAUUACAGUGAAUCCAGAGACUUAGAAACUAUAUCAAGAGUUCAUGGAGAGUUAGAUGAGCUUAAAAAUAUAAUGGUCAAAAAUAUUGACAGUAUGGCAAUGCGUGGUGAAAAGUUAGAGCUGCUUGUGGACAAGGCUGAUAAUUUGGCAACAAGUUCUGUAUCGUACCGCACAUCAGCAAGGACACUCCAACGUUCGUUAUUCUGGAAAAAUAUAAAAAUCGACAGAUUGAUCCCGAGGGUGGGACCCCUCCCUACCGAUCCGCAGUACGCGGCAAUCGCGCGCCGUCCUCUGCCGCGGGAGGGCGCUUUGCCGCGAGAGUGUACGAUCGCCUCAACUGUGUAUAAAGCUUUGAAGAUGGGU